AUGGUCUUACCGCCAACAACACCUGCUCCCUCACGGUUCUUAUCCUCCAAAAGGUCGAGUACUCAACUGUCGCAAACCCAAACCCCAAAUCAAAACGUUACGCAAAGGUCGAGCCAGUUCCACGCCACUCCCCGGUUCGCCACAUCAACGCCUAGGCCAUCUUCAACCCGGGCAGGAGCAACCUACGCGACGCCAGCAUUGGCCAUCAAGUCCCGAGUGCCUAGGAGUCGCUCGACCCAGGACAUUAUCGAUGACAGCUCGCCCGUGGGUCCCGAAGAUGGUUCACCGCCGGCAUCGGCCAGCGCAUGGAGCGCAUUUCCCGAACCCAUUGAGUUUGACUCCUCGUUGGUUGAGCAGUCACCGAGUUCCGAGGACCCCCGCUCUCCCAAACGCAGGCGUAUUUCCAUAGCCUCCUCUGAGCCUGAGACAGAGGGGCUGGAAUUAUCGCAAGAUUUUGAGGGGGGCCAUCCCGAGUCAUCCUUAAAUGCUCCCGGUGACCGCAUCGCAUCCUAUUCUCCGGAAUUAGAGAACGGGGUGAAUUAUGACCAGGACCACCAUGGGAGUGUCGCUGCCCCGGAUACACACAUGAUAUCCUCCUCACCAGUCCAACCUUCUUCCCCAAUAUAUGGUUCUGAAUGGGAUCAAGUACCGCAGGAACGAGAAGAAGAAGAAGAAGGUGUAAAUUCAGAACCCACCAUCUCUAAAGCUGAUUCCAACGCCUCGCCAGCUCCAGCAACUCUCGAACCAACCGCCCGAUUCACCGUCUCCAAAUCUGUUCCCCCCGCCUUCCGGGCUGGCCCUCGCUUCAAGCCCACCGAGCCACCAGACAAAUUCCCCAUUCAUCCCAACGCCUACCUCACGGCGGAUAUCUUUUCUCCCCAACGCCGCGGAGCUCGAUAUCUUCCUGGCGGACUAGCCGCGGAACUACGAGACUGGCUGGUAGAUGUCAAGGGUAGUGCUGAUGGGAAAGAAGAUGUGAAGGCUACAUGGUCUGCCUCGGGUCUUUCUGCGGGUAGUACUCGUGCGGUGCAGGUGACUGUGGAUGCGGUUUCGAGCGGCGGAGUUGGGAUGACGUUGGUCACCGGCAGGGUCCAAGAUGAUGGCCGGGUCAUAAGGAUUGUCUUAGCUGGGGAGGGGAAUCUUGAAGGCUUAGAAGGAAAUAGAGGGAAGGUCAUUCCUGGCGCGGUUGUGAGUAUUGCACCACCUGCUUGGGAUGUCCACCUUGACGGGCAGUGGACGGUUGCAUAUCGUUGGAGUGUUGUGGAUCAUGGGAGGUAG